GUCAGUCACGUGGGGUCAAGCAAGUUUCCGUGUUUACAGCAGUCGGACUGUGGCCGGUUGGUGUUGAGUUUCUGAAGAGGAUGCUGUGCGGUCAUGGCAUUUUUUAGGACGCAAGAGCGGACUAAAGAAAGGUUUUCUCUGUUGUUGCUGGAUUUAGAGGAAUACUACCUCGAGCAGCACACCGCCUACCAUGUGACAAAUGGGUCAAAAAAGGAGAAGUAAAAAAAUCAGAGGUUCAUUCAAGGUUUGUUCCAGAUCCAUCAUAUUUGAUCCCGAGGACCUCGCAGAGCCAAUUAUAAAGAUUCAUCUGCGAGACUGUAAGAACAUCGAGUUUGUAGAGAAAGACAACAACCCGUUCAACGAGCCUAAGCCACCAGCCAUAUGUGUUUCAUGUGAACAGGUUAUUUUCAUCAAAGACAGCAACGUUAUCGCUCCGUACCGAAAUGAAAGGGGAGCAAAGAAAAUGACCUUUCAGUUGGAAGUUUGGAGUAAAACCGAAGAUGUUGUUCAGACGUUGCUGCAGCUCCAUAGGGCGUCCUGUUUAGAAAAGCUUGGAGAUCAGACUGCAAUGAUUGCUGCUAAUCUUCAGUCCCGACUGGCGAGGUCAUCAUUUGACAAGAACUGCUUUCAGAAUGUUGCAGAGAAGCUGCACAUGGAGUGUGCAGUGGAGAUGGUCAUGCCACUAGUGUCCAAUCCAGGCCACGUCUGCAUAACGGAUGAAAACCUCUACUUCCAGCCUCUUAAUGGAUAUCCGGAGCAUGUGAUUCAAAUCAAGCUUCACCAAAUCAGGAGAAUCUACAAAAGGCGACACGGUCUCAGACCUCUGGGUCUGGAGGUUUUCUGCACUGAGAACGACUUCUGCUCAGACAUCUACCUGAAGUUUUACAACACAGCUGACAGAGAUGAAAUCUAUUAUUACAUCGCCACUUUUCUGGAAAAUCACAUGACGGAGCAUACGGCGGAGAGCUACAUGCUACAGUGGCAGCGCGGUCAUCUCUGUAACUACCAGUACCUCCUCCACCUCAACAACCUGGCUGACCGCAGCUGCAACGACCUCUCCCAGUACCCCGUCUUCCCCUGGGUCGUGGCCGACUACACCGGCUCACAGUUAGAUUUGACGAAAGCUUCCACGUUCAGAGACCUGAGCAAACCUGUGGGGGCACUAAAUAAAGAGCGACUGGACAGACUUCUGGCUCGGUACAGAGGCAUGCCCGAACCUCGUUUCAUGUAUGGAAGUCACUACUCAUCUCCAGGAUAUGUUCUUUUUUACCUGGUCAGAGUCGCUCCAGAGCACAUGCUGUGUCUCCAAAAUGGCCGAUAUGACCAAGCAGAUCGCAUGUUCAACAGCAUCAGUGAAACAUGGAAAAACUGCCUGGAGGGAGCGACUGACUUCAAAGAGCUGAUUCCAGAGUUUUAUGGUAACGACUCCAACUUCCUGGAAAACCGGCUGAAUCUCGAUCUGGGCAGAAGGCAGAAUGGAAGAUUAGUCGGUGAUGUUGUUCUCCCACCUUGGGCCUCAGAUGCUGGAGAUUUUCUUCAAAAGCACCGGGCAGCUCUGGAGAGUCAGUAUGUAUCGGAGCAUCUUCAUGAAUGGAUUGACCUGGUGUUUGGCUUCAAACAGAGAGGCAGCGAAGCUGUGGCAGCUCAUAACGUUUUUCACCCGCUGACCUACGAAGGUGGCAUAGACUGUGACAGCAUCGAGGACACGGAUCAAAGAAUUGCCAUGCUCACCCAGAUCCUGGAGUUUGGCCAGACCCCCAAGCAGCUGUUCACCAGCCCUCAUCCUCAGAGGAUCACACCCAGGUUUCAGAACAUCACGCGAAGCUCCAGCAUCAGCUCACCCAUCAGUGAGCUGUCUCCAGCCUCUCAGAGUGAGGACUCAUCCUUUGAAGAUUUGACUGAGGAAAGCAGGAAGCUGGCCUGGACAAACAUGGGAAGUCUGACGCUCAUCUCCAGCCAUAAGAUCCAUAAGGAAGCUGUGACGGGCAUUGCUGUGACUCGAGAUGGAUCUUCUAUUUUUUCUACAUCCCAAGAUUCAACACUUAAAAUGUUUUCCAAAGAGCUGAAGGACUUCCAGAGGAGCAUGUCUUUCUCUAACAUGGCGUUGUCGUCUUGCUUGAUGCUGUCAGAUGGUAAAACGGUGGUGUGUUCUUCAUGGGACAACAAUGUCUAUUUCUACUCCGUCCCGUACGGCCGGCGGCAGGACACGCUGAUGGGUCACGAUGAUGCCGUCAGUGAGAUGUGCUGGUUUGAUGACCGACUGUACACGGCGUCUUGGGAUUCUACUGUGAAGGUUUGGCAGUGUGCUGCAAACAACAUGUCCAGCCACAAGAGAUCCCAGUUUCAGUUGCUGGCUGAGUUGGAGCACGAUGCCGGGGUGAAUGCUGUGGGUCUGAAUCCGGCCGGGACUCUGCUGGUUUCUGGCUGUAAAGAUGGAACGAUCUCUAUCUGGGACACCAGCAGCUACGAGACUCUUCAGCAGGUUCACUGCCACAGUGGAACCAUCCACCACUCGGCCUUCAGUCCUGAUAGCAGACAUGUUCUCAGUGUGGGCGCAGAUUCGUCCAUGAAGGUCACAGACGUCCAGACGGGAAUGGUGAUCUCAUCUGUGAAGAUGGAGGAGGAGCAGAGGUGUUUCUGCUGGGAUGGAAACUCAGUGCUUUGUGGAGGACAGUCUGGUGACCUCUUGUUAUGGGACCUGCUCAGUAACACCGUCACCAAGAGGAUCCCUGCACACUCAGGUCCUGUUACAGCCAUGUGGAUGAGUGAGCUGUGCAACACACUGAUCACAGGUGGAGAGGACAGACAGAUCAUCUUCUGGAAGCUGCAGAGUUAAACUGACUCUGGAAAACUGACUAAACCAGCUGGGGAUGCAAAACUUCCAGUGCAAUACACAGGACAACACGGGCCAAGUAUCCUGCCGACCAUGUGACCCAACUUUCGAAGAACAGACUCAUUCAAUAGUUAGAAAGAGGUGAAAACAUCCUGUCAAAGUACAGUAUGUCCAUGUUAAUCAUUGCUAUCUGCAUCUUGAGAGAAAAUACUGUCCAGUUUUUGCAUGAGAGCUUAUUCUCACCUCUGCUUUUAGCCUGUUCUUCAUGCAUACAUGUGAAUUUUAUUUCUAGCUAUGCAUCAUAUUAUUCUGAGAGGCAGCUUCAGCCCUCUUAUGAUAAAAGCGGGUAUAACAUUUUUUUUUAUGUUUCUGUAGCUUUAUGUACAUUUUAUUGGACACGUCAUGCUGCUCAGGUGUUGUUACAAAAAAAGAAAAAAACUUACCUCUAAAACUUGUGGUGUCAAGUUUUUAGUCUCACAAACUUUGAGACCUUUUGGUCUUGUUGAGUAAUUGUUGUUUUAGUAGCAAAGCUGAGUUAAUUGCCACAAAACCCUGAACUGCAACUCAACCGUGAUUUUUAAUUAUCUGAUAACAGAAUUCAGUCUGAGUGACGAGAAUUUAAACUGGUGCUUCAACACAACCUUGUUUAGAAAAUGAAUUGCAGGAAAGUUCUUGGGGGAAGUCAACGAAAUAAAGAUGCAGAACAACAGAAUUAAAAAAUAACUAUAUGCAUUGAUUAAAAAAGGUAUUGGAAAUAUUCCUCAGAGGUUUUGCUCCACAUUGACAUGAAACAGUUGCUGCAGAUUUGUCUGCUGCGUCAAUGAUGAGGAUCUCCCGUUCCACCCCAAAGCUGCUGUAUUGGAUUGAGAUUUGGUGACUGUGGAGGCCGUUGGAGUUCAGUGA